CAGCACCGCUCGCAUCGCAUUGCCUCCUUCCUCCUCCUCCUCCUCCUCCUCCUGCUUCACACGCACGGAAGGCAGAGCGAGAGAGGCGACCCAACCGCCCCCUCCGCUGCUUCAGUUCCUCCGCUCCAUCCACCCCGUUUCUAUUCCCAGUGGACGCCAACACACGCAGGCGCAUCGCUGGCUAUAUUUAGCCAUAGCUGAAGAGAGUCUGAUUUACGUAGAAGAUAGGAGGAGCAGAUCUUUGAGGAGAGAGAGAGCAUGCCGACGGGAACCAUGAGGAGGAUGUUCGUCGAGUCGUCGUCCUCGUCCUCGUCGUCCGGGAGCGGCAGGGAGGCGGAGGCGACGGUGGUGCUGUGCGCGCCCCGGCCGCGCAGGGUGCACGCCCAGCCAUGCAGCGCCGACCUCAUCCUCGGCCCCCCACCCUUCCUCCUCGACGCCUCCUCCGACAGCAACAGCAGAAAGCAGAGAGAAGGGAAGAGCAAAACGCGGGAGGUCGACGACGAGUCGGAGGAGGAGGGGGAGGGGGGCUGGGCGCUGUUCGGCGGCUCGCCGCCGGCGCGCGCGGACAACCCGCUCGUCCACGACCCCCACUUCCUGCUCAACCAGCGCCACCACGCCGCCGCCGACUUCAACCUCGCGGCGGUUUUUGACCACCACCACAGCCGCACCCACCACCACCACGUCCCAACAUAUAGCAAUAGCAGUAGUAACCACAGUUUUGCCCCGUCGUACACGCACGCCGCGCCGGCGGUGAGGAUCCAGGGGUUCGACGUCGCCGCCUGCCGGGGCUCCCACGGCAGCAACGGCGGAGGCCGCGUGCUCUCCGCCCGCGCCUGAGCCCCAGCCCCAGCCCGAGCCGAGCAGAGCCGACCCGCAAGGGGGAAGCCACCCACCGCCGUCGUCCUCACCGACCUUGUACAGUUUUCCGCCGGCCGCCGCGUAUGUACGUACGUACCUACGUCUAGCGUACUACUAGCAGUAUCACCAUAUGCUACGUGUGUUCCUUGUGGUAUAUACAUACAUACAUACAUACAUACGGGUUUACGUGAUGAAUUAACAUGAGAUGGGUAGCCAGGGUCGUCUAAAGACUAAGUAAGGUUAAUUAAGAGUAGUAGAAGAAGAAUGAUCAUCAUCAGCAGCAUACACAAAGAGGAUCGAUCUUAUCAAAGAGAGGAUUUCUAUUUGUACCUUUUCUUCGAGUUAGUUUUGUCAGGAGGUGUUGUGUAGAUAUCAUGAGUGUUAAUCUUGUUCUAAGAAGGGUCUUUCCGGAUGAAGAUGGAGAUGGCCCUUGCAGUUGUGCCGGGCCAUCGUCGUGUUCAUCUCACCACCGCCAUGUAACCAUGGUUGUACUUGUAAAAAAGAGGAUGGAAGGAAGGAUGAAGAAAGUGUGUACAUACAUAAACUUGUUGGUUAUGCAGCUGUACCAUGUAAUCGAAUUGCAUAAGUUGAUUCAAUAACCUCUCCCGAGUUUUGCCCCCUUGUUUCA